AUGGGGAAGACGUUUCAGGUCUGUCGGAAGGGUCGAAUAAUUCCAUUCCAACGUAAUGGAGACCUACAUACAUCUCGAUGGCAAAUGGGCGACAGGCAAACUUCGACAUCCGCAUCCCAGUGCCCGAAGCUACUACACGUCUCCCACAACUGA